AUGCCGACGGGCGAAGCGCACUGGGAGCUGCUCAUGCGGACGCGAGCAGUGGAAUGCCAGUGCUACGUGAUCGCUGCCGCGCAGGCGGGGUUGCACAACGAGGACGGUAACCGACGCCAGUCCUGGGGACACGCCAUGGCUGUGGACCCUUGGGGCAAGGUGCUGGCGGAGUUCGACGGCACGUCCUCUGGUGUCAAGGUGGUCGAGGUUCAGCCCGAUGCCCUCGAGGACGUCCGAAAUAAGAUGCCGCUCUCCCUUCAGCGUCGCUACGACAUCUACGGGUCGCCAAAGAGCUAG